CCCCUGUUUGUGCACAGGUGGGUGUGUGUGAUGCUGCAUCCCAUUGGGGUGUGCAUCCCAUACAUGAGCUCAGCUGAACCCCACAGCACUACAAACCCCACACACAGCCCUCCUGCAUAGCAGGCAGCUCACACUACACACACACACACACACACACACACGAGGCCGUGACACCCCCAGACACGCAUCCCCCCCCCCCCAAAUACACCAGGCUCAGUGGUGUCCGCGUGCCAUCCCAACCAUCCCAACCCCGCUGUGGCUGCGUGGGCCGCGUGCUGCUCUGCCUGCCGGUGUCACGGCGCCCUCGUGGGCGUGAAGUUAUGGGCUGGGGGGUGGCCCCCCCCGCAGCCCCCAUUGGCAGCUCUCCUCUCGCCCACCACGCGGAGCCCCCUAUUUAACCCUGCAGCAGCAGCGGGGUUUCAUCUCCAUUGAGCUCAUCAGUGCAGCCACCAGCCAGGACUGAGCACCCUGCGCUGCAUCCCUGCACCCAGCAGCAGGUCCCUGCACCAGGUAUCGUAUCCCUGCAGCCCCCAACCAGUUCCGAUCCGGAUCCGGUACCGACGCUUCCCCCAACCCCCCCCGGACCCACAAUCCCCGUAGGACGAUGCGGAGCCGCGCUCUGCUCGCCGUUCUCGCCCUGGCGCUGCCGUUCGCCCUCUCCGCCCCGCCGGGCUCCGCGCCCCGCUCCCAGAGCCCGGAGCCGCUGCCCUGGAGAACCCGGGGCAGCCCGGGGGGGGUCGCCGUGGCGACUCUUCUGCAGCUGCUACGGGAAGAGGAGAACGGUCGCCCGGUGCCUCCUCGGAAGCGGGACAUGCACGAUUUCUUCGUGGGGCUCAUGGGGAAACGGGCGGCGGUGGAACCCGAAAAGGCGGCGGGGGGCGGCGGGGCCGCAGCCGGGACGGGACACGCUGAGAGCGGCCCCUCCGUCCGCUGCUCCCCGGGACCCCCCCCGGACGGAGCUCGGGCUGCCGGGCCCCCCCGCCCCGCGUUGUGAGGAGCGGCCUCGACGGGGCGGACGGGACGUAACGGAGCCGUCGCGGUGUCACCCCCGGGAACGAGCGUGUCCGAACCGAGCUGUACGGGCACCGCAAACAGCACCGACAGCCCCGAACCG